CAAAGGGUUUAAUUUCCAUUUUAGCCGAUCAAUUGCAAACCACAUGUGGAAUUACCAUAUUCAAGGAUGAUGGACAUCGUAAAGAAUGGAUAAAUAUUUCCCGAAAACUCCAAACGGCAAUUGAAGAAUCAAGGCUUGCGAUAGUUGUUCUGACACCAAAUUAUGCUUUUUCUACAUGGUGUUUAGAUGUACUAGCAAAGAUUUUUCAAGUCAUGAAAGACAAAAGCAGAAUUUUGCCUCUGUUCUAUAAAGUUAAUACCUCUGAUGUUCAAAAUCAGAAGGGGAGUUUUGAACAGGUCUUUACUACGCAUGAAAAGAAGUCUAGACACAAGGUGAAGCAGUGGAGACUUGGGUUAAAAAAAGUGAGCAAUCUCACCAUGUGGGAUUUAAAUAUUUACGAAUCCGAAACAAAACUUGUGGAACACAUGUUAGAAGUGGUCUGGACUAAAGUACAAGAAGAUGAAAAGGCAGAAAGGUCCACCGGAUAUAUUGAAGCAUUUGAACCAAGAAAACGCACUGUACAUAAGAUAAUCGAAAUGCUGCAGCAUGAUGAGGUUGCUAUUGUUGGGGUUUGUGGAAUGCGAGGGGUAGGUAAGACAAGCAUGGUGAAAUGUGUGGGUGCACAAGCCCAAAGAAAUCGCCUCUUUGAUCAUGUGAUUAUGAGUGUAGUAUCACAAAAUCCUAACUUGAGAAAACUUCAAGGCACAUUGGCAGAUCUGCUGGGCUUGAAAUUGCCAGAGGAGACAGAAUGUAGAAGAGCUGGUAGAUUGCAUGAGAGGAUAAUGAGUGGAAAUAGAAUUCUUAUAAUCUUGGACGAUACUUGGGGUAGAGAAGAUUUGUCAAGCAUUGGAAUUCCUGGCCGCAAGGAGCUUCUAAGACGCAAUUCCAAGGUCCUAAUAACCUCACGGAUUGCGACUGUUUGUCAUUGUAUGGGGUGCCAAACAACGAUCCAUCUCAAUGCUCUAUCAGAAGAAAAUUCAUGGAAUUUGUUUUUGAAGGAAGGAAGAACAUCUUUUGACAAAUUAACUGAUGAUUUUGUUGACGUAGCAUGGAGAGUAGUUAGAGCAUGUGCUGGUCUCCCAAUAGCAUUGAUAGCUGUUGCAAGGGCACUUCUGCCACUUCGAUAUAACACAGACUUGUCCUCAUGGAAUGAAGCAGCUCUACAACUAACAUCAUACCUUUCAUCAUAUUCUCCUGAUCUUGAUUAUGAUGCAAUUUUGUUGGAAUGCAUGAAGUUAAGCUAUCAUUUCUUGGGAUCUAAUGAUGCUAAGUCAUGCUUCUUGCUUUGCUGCCUAUUCCCAAAUGGUUAUAAUAUCCGAAUUGAAGACUUGGUGAGGUAUGGUAUUGGGAAAGGACUGUUUCAAGAUUCCAACAUUAAAAAUGCAAGAGCCAGAGUACAUUUAGGGGUGAAAUACCUUAAAGAUGUUGGCUUGCUUUUGGACACUGAACGGGACGAAUGCGUGAGGAUGAAUGAUUACAUGGCAGAUAUGUACAUGUCUAUUUCAUCCUUGGAAGAUGGCCUUAAGUUUUUGGUUAAUGGUGAUUCUGAAAAUAAAAGUGGUGAAGGCUACAAUGCGAUGUUGUUAAUGAAGCAUAGAGGUGGCGACCUUCCCAGUGAUUUGGUAUAUCCAAACCUCUUGAUUUUGUUACUACAAUAUAUGGAUAUGAGUAAGAUGCCAUCAAAUAUUUUUACGAAUUUGAAUGCUCUAAGGGUCUUUGAUCUUAGUUUCACAAAUAUAUCGUUGCUACCUGUAUCACUCAGUCUCCUGACCAACCUUGAAACAUUGAAUUUAGAUUACUGCGAUCAGUUAACUGACAUAUCUGUACUCUGA